AUGGCUUCGCUGGGAGCGAUCGUGGCUGUCCGCUCGGCGCCCGGGCUCUGGCGGCGGCUAGUGCGUACGGCCGCGGGGCUCUGGGGUCCCUGCCAGAGGAGAAGCUACGCCUUAGGCCCUGCCCAGUUGUCCCUGGGCUCACACAGUCGUCAUUCUCUCUUCCUGUUCUCUGUGCAGAGCCCGCCCACCUUUGGAUUCCUCUUGGACAUUGAUGGUGUGCUGGUGCGGGGCCACAAGGUAAUCCCUGCCGCUCUGGAAGCAUUCCACAAGCUGCUGAACCCCGAAGGACAGUUGCGGGUACCUGUGGUCUUUGUCACAAAUGCUGGGAACACCUUACAACAAAGCAAGGCCCAGGAGCUGUCAUCUCUCUUUGGGUUCAAGGUGGAGCCCGACCAAGUUAUUCUCUCUCACAGUCCCUUGAAGCUCUUCUCACAGUUCCACGGGAAGCGGAUGCUGGUGUCUGGGCAGGGACCCCUGGUGGAAAAUGCCCGAGCACUAGGCUUCCAGAAUGUGGUCACUGUGGACGAGCUGCGGAUGGCAUUCCCCAUGCUUGACAUGGUUGAUCUCGAGCGGCGGCCGAAGACCAUGCCCCUUUUGAGGAAUGACUUCCCAGCCCUUGAAGGAGUGCUCCUCCUUGGGGAGCCUGUCCGCUGGGAAACAAACUUGCAGCUGAUCAUGGAUGUCCUCCUCAGCAAUGGGAACCCUGACACUAGCCUGGCAACGGCCCCCUACCCCCAUCUCCCUGUCCUGGCUAGCAACAUGGACCUCCUUUGGAUGGCUGAAGCCAAGAUGCCCAGGUUUGGUCACGGCACCUUUCUUCUGUGCCUGGAGACCAUUUACCGGAAGGUCACCGGAAAGGAACUGAAAUAUGAGGGCCUCAUGGGCAAGCCCAGCAUCCUCACGUACCAGUAUGCUGAGAACCUGAUCAGGCAGCAGGCAGAGCGGCGAGGCUGGCCCGCUCCCAUCCAGAGACUCUAUGCUGUAGGUGAUAACCCUAUGUCUGAUGUCUACGGUGCCAACCUGUUCCACCAAUACCUGCAGAUGCCAAAGCGUGACGACACAGAGGAGUUAGGGGCUGGUGGUGUGAGAAAGCAACAGCUGUCAGCAACCCAGAGCUGUGUGUCCAUCCUCGUGUGCACUGGUGUGUAUAGUCCCAGGGACGCAGAGCCUGCCCAGGGCAGAGAGGAGCCUCCGUUCCACGGGCACCGGGACUUCAGCUUCAGUCCAGAGCUCUUAAAAGCAUCCCACAUUGUGAACGACGUAAACGAAGCUGUGCAGCUGGUUUUCAGCAAGGAGGGGCUCGCUCCCCGCCCCCGCCCCGCCCGUCGUCACCGAGGUCCAUUCAGCACCGCGCCUUCCACCGCUCGCAGCCACCCGGGGUUUGGCUCGCCCAGUCCGUUAGCUCCACUCCGGAACUCGCUGCCUCCCGAUCCGGUACGAGUCCCAGCCCCUGGUGAGGAGGCGGCGGUGGCGGCGGUCCCUGGCUCCUCUCCGCCGCCUCGCUAG